CUCUCCUGCCCCGCAGUGUCCCGGCCCCGGGCGUCCCCCGAGGAGCUGAAGGCGCUGCUGGCCAACGUCCAGCGGCUCAACGAGACCCUCCGCGACCUGCAGCUGCACCCGCUGCCCCCGCCGCCCGGCGGCGACCUCCUGGAGCACGUCUGGAGGCUGCAGGACCUGCUGCAGAACCACUCGGACUCGCUGCUGCUGCUGUCGGGCUCGCUGCAGCGGCUGCAGGGGCUCCUGCGGGGCCUGCAGGGCCAGGCCGGCCAGGCGGAGCGCUCGCUGGCGCGGCUGCGGGACUCGCUGGGCCGGCAGAGCGACGCGGCCCAGAUGGAGCUGUCGCGGCUCUCGGUGGAGGCCAACAGCAGCCGGCUGCUCCUGGAGCACCACCAGCACCUCCUGGGCCACCUGGGCGGGCGGCUGGAGGCCCUGGGCGAGCAGGUGGCCGUUCUCGGCGGGGCCGUGGAUUCCGUGAACCGCAGCUUCUCCUACGACGUCCGCGUGCAGCGCUCCCGGCUCCGGGACCUGCAGGGGCUCCUGGGCAACGCCAGCGCGGACGGGCGGAGGAUGCGGGCGGCGCACGCGGCCAUGGAGCGGCAGCUGAGGCUGGAGCUGGCCCUGCUCAACAACGUCACCGAGGAGCUGCGCCUGAAGGACUGGGAGCAUUCCGUGGCGCUCCGGAACAUCUCCGUCAUCCGGGGGCCACCGGGACCCAAAGGAGACCGAGGCACGGAAGGGAUGGAGGGAGAGCCCGGCCUUCCCGGCCUUCCCGGGCUCCGAGGGCUUCCCGGGGAGCGGGGACUGCCCGGCCCGCGCGGACUGAAGGGGGACCAGGGAGAGCUCGGCCCGCGCGGCCCCGUGGGAAUGCGUGGGUUCAAAGGCGAGCGCGGCCCCAAGGGGGACAAGGGGGACAAGGGGGACCGAGGAGCCGCCGGCGGCAGCGGUGAGUUCCUGGGGGAGAUUUUUUGGGAAUUGGGAGCCCGGGCUGGGAAGAUUCCUGAUGCGAAGAGGAAUUCCUGA